ACUAUAUAUUCCUACGUCUAACCUGUCUAGUUCACUUCCAAUACACAGCUACUUAGUUGCGUAUGCUCGUUAUGCUGACAUCGAGCAAGGGUUCACAAUUCUUAAAUUUCCCACUACCUUGUCCUUAGUUGCCCAUAAUAUUUUUAUUUUCUUAUCUUAGGUUUUCGGUGUUCCAAAAUGCAUCGUAAUAAACAGUCGUUAUUUCCUGUUUGUUUUUAUGUAUCUUAAACCCACACCUUUGUGUUUUUUUUUGUAGCAACAUGGUUGUCGAUUUCACCUACUCCCUUGUGGAGACUCGACAAUUAAUGAGAACUAAAAUUGUUGCAUGUAUAUGGUCGCCGAAGACGGACUUGAUUGCUUUAGGUUCAGAAAGUGGGUGUGUUUCUGUGCACAGGUAUAAAAUGACAUGUAUUUGGGAGUGUGAUAAAUCAGAUCUAGGCAGUGUAUCUAAUUUGACUUGGAGACCGGAUGGCAAAAUAUUAACAGCUGCAUUCUCAUCUGGUAAAGUAUGCUUCUUUGUUGUUGGUGAUGGAUUCGUUUUUCAUGAGCUACAAUUUCCCAGUACAAUUGAUUAUCUUCUAUGGACCAAUUAUCAAAGUCCAAUUACAAAUACCAAUAAUAGUAAUUCAGAGAUUAACUAUCUUAAGAAUAAUGUAGCUACAUACUUUCCAGAUGUGAAGCAUUUAUCUAUGUUUAAAUCUGAUGUGAACUUCUCAUCUUCUGAUGUUUGUAAAUAUGCACAAUUACUUCGAGAUAUCGAUGGCAACAAUUUUCCGAUACUUACAGUUUAUUCGAAAAAUACAGUUUAUUUUUACGGGUUCGGGGUAUUCGAAAUCGCUGCUUAUAAUUUACAUUCAGCUGAUGAUACAUUGAAUCAUACUGAUACAUCCAAGCUUGUCAGUUGCCAUUUAUCAGCUGAACAAAAUAUACUUUUAAUAACUGAAUCGUUUCUUAAUGUCGACGGACAAUGUAAUGUGGUCUGCCGUAAGAUCCCAUGCGAUGGAUUUCAGAAGUUUGGCUAUCAGCUAAUGAGACUAUCAUCACAGGCUUAUUCAAUUAAAAUUACGAAAUCUUUAUUAGAUUGGAGUUUCAAUCAAGUAUGUAUUUGUUGGGAAGAUAUGAUUUUAGAAAUGGACGCUAAAUUCACAAAAUAUGCUCGUGAACGCUUGAAACAGAAUAAAGAUUGGUCUUUAUGUGUGGAACUAUUACAGUUCAUUCUUUUUGGCCAUUGUUGUCCUGAUUUACGAAAAUUCCUUGUUGAAGAUUGGACUGCUGCUAGUUUAAAACGUACUGGCACAGCAACUUUAAAAGCUUAUGAAUCAAUCAAAACGAUAUGCUUUCAACAAAUUCAGUUCUUCUUACAGCGUCUUCUAUUCCAUGUAUCUGAAGUUCUGGGCAGUUUACGAGAUACAGAAUUAUAUCAUGAAUUACAAAUUCCAGCAUCUACAGCUUUAAACCUUUUACGAACGAUUGGAAUGACUUUGCAAAAAACUCAAGAAUUACAGUUAGUAAUUGAGAAGAGUCUUACACAGUUACGCGCUUUCUUUAAAUGGUUAUACGGUGCUAUACUCGAACAGUCUGGACGUCUUCUACCUAAUGAUUUUCCACGAGUGAAUCUUACUGAACGUGAACUUGUCAUAAAUUUUAUUACCGAAUCAUUACAACCUGUAUUUGUUCAAGGUGAAUUACAAAAUUAUCAGGUUGAUUUAGUUGAACAAUAUAUUCGAUCUGGUGAAGUGUAUAAACCUUUAGAAGUUGUUGCACAAUCUUCUCUAAAAAAUGAUAAAGAACGUGCAAGUUUACGAAAGGCGCUUGAAGAAAUUAUCUAUCAAAGUGAUGAAACACUUUUACCAGACGGUUUGUACCAUUAUUGUUCUCGUACUACUUUGGCUGAUUUAAUUCAAAAGAAGAUGGAUUGUGAAAUAAGGAACUUGAUUAGAUUGCCAUCGAAUAUAAAUACCACUCGUGGUUGCCUAGAAAUCAGUUGUCAAACUCGGCAAAUCUUAUUAACAGGAGAAUCAUCAAAUUUAUUCAAUUCUGGAAUUCAUUUUACAACUAUUAAUUGUUUUGAAGAAUCUGGUGAAAUGAAAUCUUCACAAACCGUUUUAAAGAAUAAUAAUAAUAAAUCAAGAACAAUUUUAAUGGCUUAUACUAUUGGUGAUGAAAAAUCAGGUUUUAAUUCACUUCUUACAAUCGAAUUAAAUAAUAAUAGUAGUAAUAAAUCUGAAUUUAAAAUUAUCAAUGGUGUUGAAUUGUUUUUGGAUGCAAUACCUGGGGAUACUAAUCCUGCAAAUUUGCCAUACGAACUACAAGAUAUGCAGUUUUAUUCAUCUCAAAUACUUCUACUAAUUGUAUCUCGUCGUUCAAAGCACAAUAAAGUUUCAUCGAUUCGAUCAUCACCUAAAAUAAAUGUGAAUAGUAUAAAAAUUGAUGAAACUUUGUUGAAUCGUGAAUUAUCGUCGUUAACAUCAACGAGCAGUGAUUUAAUGCAUAGUUGGCUUGUUAUGGUACCGAUUCGUGAUGUAUUGAAUAGUGUUGAAAAUUUUAAUGGAGAAUCAUUAAAACAAACGAAUACAAUUGCUUCAGUUGUCAAUGAAUCAAUUCACACUAAUUUACCAAGAAAAAAUCUAUCUGAAUUCAUUACAAGCGGAAAUAUUGAAGCAUUACCGUGGCACGCUAUUAAAUUAACAACUAAUGGUGAUCGUUCAAUUGUUUUUGUUCUUUUCGAAAAUUAUUCUACAUGUCGUGUUUAUUUAAUGGAACGACCGGAACCAGACGAAACUAUGGUUGUUGAUUAUGCUGCCAGUGAGAGUCAUCUACAAGCUACUAAUAAUAGUAACGAUGUCAAUAUUGUUGGUGCUGAUGAUACCGGUCUUGUUGCUGGAACUAGUCAUGUCAUUGGAAAAGUAUAA